CACCGGCUGCCACAGAAACGCUUCUCCACUGCAAACGUGUCAUGAAUGAGACUCUGUGAUGGGUAGUCUACCGCCGUGGGGUCCAAUUUAGCCUCGUUUAUCCUUCGACACGCAGGGGGACACAACAGCGGAGGACAGAAAACAAUGUUCAUUCCAUUAGACUGAGAAGGGCUGCCAAUCUAAACCUGUGCGAUAUUUUAGAUCAGCGCAGUUUACCUACUCAUCAGUCAUAUUGUCGAUAAAAAGGACAUAUAUUUUUGGGACAUGUAAUAGGAUAUCAAGUCUUGUGUGACCGACACCCACCGAACAGUCAAGGAUGAAAUAAGGAUGAGCCCUCCAGGGCUGUAGAUGCGCCCCAGCUGGAGACAUGUUCUAAGAGCAGCAGCAGACCUGCACUGUGGCCACCAUGAAAGGGUUAGGUGCCAAUCGCAGCCGUCACCUGUCGGACUCCUGUGAGCCAUCGGUGGGCCCCCAGAAGCCCCUGUACCCCUUGACCUCUGACCCCCAUGGACCCUUCCUCCUGAGCCCCACCAUGAACCACUAUGGCACCUUGGACCCCCACCAACUCCACCACUACCAGGCCUCCAACCCCCAACCCCUGCCUCCGGAGUGCCUACUGCCCCUGAACCAGAUGUCCAACAGCAGCACUUUCCCCCGACUCCACGUUACCUCCCAACUGGAACAGUCCGACUACUCCCAGGGCUGCAUGGUCCCUGCCGGGGGCAGAGGUAGACCUGGUGGCAGCCGGGUGGGCACCCUGUCCACCUCCAUGUCAAUGGGCAUGGGCCUGGGUCUCAGCGGGGCUCCCAUGAUCACAAGUGGAUCAGCUACCAUCUCUUCUGCGGCAGCGGCCAAGAUGAACCGGCUGCCAUCUAACCUGCUAGACCAGCUGGAGAAGCACCUACCCCUGCAGAGGGAUGGCUUCAGUACCCUCCAGUUCCACCGGGGCAGGGUGGCCAAGCAGCGCAGCGAGAGUCCCGGACGGAUCCGCCACAUCAUGCACUCUGUCCAGAAGCUAUUCAACAAGUCCCAGUCGCUGGAGGGCUCGGUGGUCAAGGGCAACAUGAACAGCACUACAGAGGGAGGUGAGGAGGGGACCAGGCAGACCUGCAGGAGUAAGAGUAAAGACAGUGCUAAGACUGAGACGCUGAAGCAGCGACCUAGCAGGCAAAAUGCACUGGGGCUUUGGAGCUCAGACGAUGCCCUGGAUAGUGACACAACCACCAAAGUUGGCACUAUCGCCGUGGGCUACCGUAACCCACUUAGCAUGAUGACGCUGGGCAGGGCGGUGUCUGACAGCCAGGCUCCUCCCAGGCACCUCCCACAUGGCUACAACACCAUCUCUGCCCACACACUCAAGGCCUCCAAGAGCAGCAGCGACCUCAAGUACCUGGCCUGCCCGCAAGCAAUGACAGGGACUAGGGGAGGGGAGCUGGUGGGAGGAGGACGCAGGGAGAGCACCCUGGUGAAGCGAGGCUCCUGGUCCACACUGACCCUCAGCCAGGCCAGGCAGGUGCUCCAGAAGGGUUCAGCCACUGUCAACAGGACGCUGCUCAAAUCCAAGUCGUGUCACCAGGACCUGACCUGUCAGUACCUCCAGGUAGGAGGCCCAGUUCCACUGGGGGACUGGAGUGCUACGCUGGGGGGCCGGGGCCGACCCAGGGGCCUUGAGAUCCCCUGCCGAAGGAUGCGUAGCGGCAGCUACGUCAAGGCCAUGGGGGACGUGGACCAGGACAGCGAGGACUCAGAGGGAAGUCCUAAACCCUCGCCCAAAACAGCCGCCCGCCGCCAGAGCUACCUGAAGGCUACCCAUCAGUCCCUGAGCGAGCAUCAGCCUCCACCACCACACAAUUGUCUCCCCUCCCUGAGAGAACUCUCCACCAAUCGGAGCCUGGACAACCUGGACUGCCUGGUGAGCCCGUGUGAGCCCCCGAUGGCCAUGCGGCACUGGGACGAUCGCAGAGACUACCACCAAGGUUAUGCUACCCUGGGCAGGGCCAUGAUGAGCAGUGGUCAGGUGUGUGGGCAGGGCUGUGGGCGCUCGCUGUACUGCGAGGCGGAGUCCCAGGCGGUGGAGGCUCUGGACCUGCCCACACCAACGUACUUCCGCUCCCGCAGCCACAGCUACCUGCGGGCCAUCCAGGCUGGCUGCUCCCAGGAUGAGGACACCGCCUCAGUGGACUCUGAUUCACCUCCACCCACCACCACCGGCUGCACCCAUAUCUCCAGCACCAGCUACAUAGACACCUGUUUCAGCUCCUGUAAGAAGGGCCCACCACCGGUCCCACCGCGCACCACCUCCAAGCCCCACAUCUCUGUGACGGUGCAGAGCAGCACAGAGUCAGCCCAGGACACAUACCUGGACCAACAGGACCACCGCAGUGAGGCCAACAGCCAAUCAGGACGCAGCAACUCCUCUGAUAGCCUCUGCAGCCUGCGUACAGGCAGCCUGGCCAAGGGCUCUCAACCCCGGGCCCCAGCCCCCAUCCCUGCCCCAAGAGACUCCUUCCCACUUCCCUUCUUCAGCACCACCACAAGUACCGGCACCCAGGUUGAGCCCCAGAAUGACACUCUAAACCCAGGCCCCAGCCUCACUCCAGACCAGUCCCUAACCCUUCCAGAGCCUGUUCCCACAAAAAGGAAGCUCUCGUCUAUCGGCAUCCAGGUGGACUGCGUUCAGCCAAUCCAGAGAGAGGUUCAACUGCCCCCCUCGACCAAAUUCCAGUCUAUUGGAGUGCAGGUGGAGAACGGCAGGCCACUCAGCCGAGCCAGCAGCAUGGCCUCCAGACAGAGCACAGAGACAGAGCCUCAGGACUCUCAACAAGACACCCAUCCCUCAGAAAACAACAGUAGAGCCAACUGCAACAGCCAGCCGGUAGAUCCCGCCCUCACUGCCUCCAACGGUGAGGACAGCGCGACGGCAUGGCAUCCUCCCAAACAUGCCCCAGUCCCGGCGAGAGUGUCUGCCUCCCUCCCAGAGAGAAUGGACCCGGCCCUGGACCCCUCCUCCCUGCCCCCUCCAGACUCCAGCUUGGAGAGUGGCAAUGGCAGUGUCCAGGGAGAUGCAGCCCAGCCCGGCACGCCCACCUGCCUCCGGGAUGGCAACUGGUUCCUCAAACUACUACAGGCUGAGACUGCACGUAUGGAGGGCUGGUGUCAACAGAUGGAGCAGGAGACCAAAGACAAGGACAUCUCAGAGGAGGUGAUGGGAACGGUUCGCAGUGCAGUGGGCAGUGCCCAGCUCCUCAUAGCCCAGAAGUUCCAGCAGUUCAGAGGACUCUGUGAUGAGAACCUGAAUGUGAAUGCCAACCCUCGGCCCACAGCCCAGGAUCUGGCGGGGUUCUGGGACCUCCUGCAGCUCUCUGUAGAGGACAUCAGUGUCAAGUUUGACGAGCUCUGGCAACUCAAGGCCAACAACUGGCAGCUGCCAGAGAAGAAGGUGGAGAGGAAGGUUGUUCCCCCCUCUGUGCCAAAGAAGACGUCCAAGCUGACCCCUGGGAAGGACCGGAGCGUGGACUCUGUGGUGGACAAGCAGCGGCAGGAGGCCAGAAAACGCCUGAUGGCGGCCAAACGCGCGGCGUCGGUACGACAGAACUCUGCCACGGAAAGCUCAGACAGCAUUGAGAUUUACGUCCCCGAGGCCCAGACACGCCUCUGAGAACAGACCGCCACCGGCACUCUGCUCCCCCAUGAAGGAACAGCCUCUCUCACCCACAUAUACACUCACACACACAUACACACUGCUCCCCAUGAAAGAACAGCCUCACACAUGCACUAGACACACCCCGGGGUACAGAGCCUGGUCCCCUAAUGGCAGCGCAGCAUACAAUCAGAGUAGAACCCAGGAGAGCACAGGCAUGCUAAAAAAUACAGAACAAUGCAAAACCACUUCCUUCCUGGCUGCCAUGGAGAUGGAGACCUCAACAGACAUUUAAUACUAUUGUUAUUACUAUUAAUAUUAUUAUUAUUAUUAUCUCCUCCUGAAAUGCAUCAAGACUGUCUUAAAUGUGCAUCUUGGAUAAAAGGACAUCCUUAUUCCUUGUCAGCUGAAGAAUCUUGGUAUCCCAGAAGUUUACUCUCUUCCCAUCCCCUCACUUCUUCUGAGUCUGCGAGCUGGGCUGGGCUAGUCCAGGCAGCCUCUAUCGUUUACCACACACACUCAGGAUACACACAGGUGUACUCAUUCACUGUCCACACAGUCUUCCUAUUUUCUCUUUGUAUUAGGCUGCCACUCCAUUGGUUGUGGACGAUAAGCUUUACUCUGUAUGGAAUCUAUAUGAGAUGGUGUUAUCGUGUACUAAGGAAGACCGUAGCAUUCUAUCUAUCUCAAACUGGUUACCAUAAUAGUUUUGUAAAUGUUCUUUACCAGAUUGUUUGUUAGACAAGGUCCAGUGUUCAGUACUAAGGUAGUUUUUCUAUAGACCAAGUACAUGUACUGUCGUGAUGAUGUUCGCACAUGAUGCAAUCAUUCUCUCUCUCAUAAACACGCAAUAUGCUGUCUGUCGGUGUCUGUGCAGACUCAUGUUUUACAUCUUCUAUGCCCUGUUGAGGGAAGAAGAGAGAUUACCAGGGCCAGUUGAUGUGCGCUAAGGUAGGAAUGUAACAUGCAUUGAAAAUAACUUGAUAACUGCACCUGUCAUGCCACUUGUUUACCUGGUUACUUUACACAUAUUUGUUGCAGGGGACCAUGAGGUAUUGUGCACCACUUAAUUACAACAUUCCCUGUUUCCUACUCAACCUCCAGUACAUUUGAAUCAUAAAGUGGAAUCAACUAUAAGCUCUCCUUUUUUCCUGAUUACCAAGACUGGUUUAUUUUCAGCGGCAUAUGCCAGAGCUCUGCCAGUGGUGUUGGGAGAUAACUCGUAUAAGCAAUAAGUAAAAUGGCAAGUUUGAACUAGCAAUGUAAAAAUGAUUCCGAUGCCCAGUCAAAAAGCAACAACCCCUAGCCCCUAAACUUUCAGUGUUCUCAGAUCUGAAGUGAUAGGUGAAAGUCAAACAAUAUGUGAUGAGUCUACCUUGUCUUACAAUGUUCCAUGAGGAGCUUCAACUAUUCUUCUUCCUCCUGUCUAAUGCUUAGGCUAUGAGCUGUUUUCUCCAGGUGAGCCCUCAGUCACUUAACAAGCCAACAGUCGAACGAACCAUAACAGCGCUUUGGUCGUCAUACACCAUUAAUAACCACUAUUUCAUUGGUCAAAGCCUUAACACCAACUGUCAAAUUAAUAAUGAUCCAAAAUAAUGACAACAUAGUAUACAUUAUAAACUAAGAAAUGCAUUCGCUAUGUAUCACUUAUCUGUGCAUUGAAAAGGUCUAAGAAUCUAAAUAUUUCAGACUAUGCUCAAGCUGAAUUAAUGUACUCUUAUUAUGGUGUCUGGCUGGCAGUUUGACCUCUUAUUCCUGUGUACAGAUAGAGGCACAUUGUGGAGAUAAUUUAAAAAAAAAACAUUUUUUAUGAGACAUUUUCUGUGACUGGUUUGAAUUGACCAUGCAGUCAGCCAAAACACACUAGACUGUUUUGACCUGUGCCACAGGUUAUAUUGGUAUUUUUCUGGAUUUGGAGAGAAUUGAUGGUGCUGUAUAGGAUUGUACUGAGAUGGUGUGGAGUUUGAAUGCCUUCCUAGAGAAAAAUGUCAGCAUCACUGAAAAAGAGGUGUAUUCACACUAUCACGCUACAGCAUACAUGUGUAUAUGAGCUUUCAGCUUUGCAUUUAUUUUUCUCGUGAUUCGCCAUGUUCCACUCAUUCGCUGAAUUCCAAAUCAACCCUCUAGCCUAGGCACUCCUGUUAGAUCUGAAAUGAUUGGAUAGGUAUGGAGAAAAUCCACCCACUGUCAGAAGCAAAGAACCUCUGAUCAGAAGGCAAAGUGCCGCGAUUACGUUUUUGCGCAAAGCAAUGCAAGGGAUUGAUUUGGAAUUUUGAUAAAGAUCUGCAAUUUCAGGAUCUCAAUGCAACUUGUCCCCUUGAAGAGCUGGCUCUCCUCCUAAAAGGCUAACACCUGUGCCACAACAAGGCUGCCCUCAAAGUGCUCGUGUGAUCCACAGUCAGUUUUGUAUUUUUAUCUCAUAAUGUAAAAUAUGGCAAUUAGUAGAACUGGGAAAGCAGCUGAUGCAGGGGCACCAGUAUGUUAAUUAUUGUUUAUUUGUAAUACAUCAUACGGACGUGUACAUUUCAUUGUCCAAAGAAAUCAUUAAACAUCCCUUUGUUACA